UGCAACUUGAUGGCUCUUCUCUAUAGGUUCGUCAAAAUCCCUGAUCGUGCCAACAGUCAUAUUUUCACAUUUGUCGUCACCAAAAGCGUGACCCGCGAUUUGGAACGGGAUGUCACAAGCAAAGAGUUUUCAUGUGGCCACCAGCGAUGGGCAAUCACGUUCUCCAGGACUGACAAGGUGCUAGGCGUUUAUCUCGUCUGGAAAUCAACGUCCAACUCUAUGAGAGUCUAUGUCGAUUUUACAUUCACGAUUUUAAAUAGGGAACAUUUUUCUGUGAAUGAAGCGUUUUCAGGCAAACAGGUUAAGUUCACACUGGACUGUCCUGCUCAAGGGAACCGUAAUUACAUUCCUGUUAAUGAUCUUUACUCAAGAAACUUCACUGAUCACAAUGGAGAAUUCCAACUUGAGUUAAGUAUGGGACAUGUGAGAACUGUUUUCGAUUCUGAAUUUCGUGUUCCAACGUCCAUGUUCGGGCAUCUAACUAGAAGUCACCAAAUGCCUGUGUCCAAGAUGCCUGCUAAAAUUGAAACCACGUAUUUCACAUUUGGAGGAUUUGACUGGACUCUUGCAUUGUACCCAUUUGGUACUAAAGACCAUCAUGGAAGUGGCUCUGAUGGACGACUUUCACUGUAUUUGAACCGAUGUACAGGUUUUGAUCAUCAAUGCAGGGUACGAUAUUCCGUGGUUUUAGGCGAUGGAGAAAGAAGACUAGAUUCUGGAAUUGUAGAUGACGUAUCUGAUUCCGAUGGGAAAAGUUAUGGCUGGCAUCCUCGAGCAAGAUUUCACGAUUUGGUUUAUAAAGGCUGUAUUCGACUUCACCUUGAAAUGAUUUUGGCCAAUACAUUAAGUGAAGUUAUAUCAAGUGUUGUCAUCCAACAACAAACCAUGGGAGCCGCAUCGAUUGGGGUGACGGCCCAAGGAGUUUCACAGUGUUACGACAGGGAUAAACAAGGCUGGAGCAUUAAAACUGAUUGUCAUUCUGACUCUGUUAGACUACACAUGGUGUAUAAAGAUAUUCACAAUGUACCCAGAAACCACUUGAGGUAUGUAUCAUGGACUGCCUACGUGGUUCAACAUCAUGGUAAACAUGUUGAGCCGGUUCCUCUCCCAGGAGCACCUUUCAGUCAUUAUUAUGCGCAGGAUGCGUCUGAUGAAGGCAUUAUCAUGGAAACAGAUAUUGGAAUAAAAGAAUUGAGAGAACCAGGAUGUCCUUAUUUAACUGACAAAGGCCAACUUAAAGUUCAAGUUGAAUGGGAAGAAAGUUUUCUACUUUUUCAAUCUACGUAUCAUAAAUAUGAUGAUGUAAGCAGAAUCCACAAUCAACAAAUGAGGAAAGAGAUUCACGCUCUUCAAGCUGAAAAUUAUGGGCUGGAAAGGCAACUGUUCAGUUACCAAAAAAGCAUCGCUUUUGCGCAUUCCAGGGGGACUUACUCCGACGAUCUAGUCUCUCCCGAUGGAAGAGGCGAAGACGACGAAGACGAAAGGUACUACGAAGAUAGGACAUAUUCAUUGGGUGACAGAAGUUUGUCAACUGACACAGAGUAUGCCUGAGAACAUAAGAAUUCUGGUAAACCCAAAACGAGAACUUGGCCACGUCAUCCUCCUCCGAAGCAACAACGCACAGUUGACCAGAUCCCUGAAUCGUUCACGCAGAAGGAAAGGCGGAAUUACAGUUUGUGGAACACAAUCGCUGAUUAUAUGUGCGCUGUUGGUCAAAUCGCAGCAUAUGCUGUCAAACCGUCAAACACGCCAGGGAGCCUGAUCGCAGAGGUUAAGUCCUUAGGUUGGGACAUCCCGAGGUAUGGAUGUGAAUAAAAACCAUUUACAACACCCAUGGAAAAGUCUACGUAACCAGAAUCAUUGCCAGUCAGAAAAGAGUA